AUGGAUCGGCUCAAGACCAAGCGUAAGGUCCGACGCAGUCAGAGUACGAAGAUAAUCAACGAGAUAACGACCAUGCUCCAGUCCGUUGCCGUCAAUGCCUCUUCUCUCGAGAACCUGAGAGACAGACUGGUAACCAGCAACGAGGAACUCCGUAAAGUCAACGAGGAGAUCGAACCACACAUCAGCGAUAGUGACCUGGAGACAGACUACAUCACUGUCGCAGAAUAUGAAGACGAAGUGGCUAGGACCCUCAGCGAACUGCGCAACAAGAUCGCGCGGUUGCAGGCAACGCCAACCACAUCCGCUACGGGAGCCGACGGCGACAGGGGCCACCCAUCCCCAGCUACGGGAGUGAAGCUCCCCAAACUGCAACUUCUACACUAUCAAGGGGAGCUCACGCAGUGGCAACCGUUCUGGGAGCAAUUCGACGCCUCAAUAAAUCGGAACACCAAGCUCUCUGAUGGAGAAAAAUUCCAGUACCUGCGGUCGCUUCUGAAUGGGCCUGCCGCCAGUGCCGUUUCCGGGCUGCAGGCUACGGGAGCGUGCUACAGAGAUGCAAUAGAGAUACUUACUGAACGCUUUGGCGACAAGCAAAACAUUCAGCGGGAAUAUCUGGAAUGGCUUCGAAACCUUCCAAUGGUAAAGUCAGUGCGUGAUGCCCAAGGACUGUGCAAUCUGUACAAUCACGUCCAGACAAGCAUUCGCGGUUUGCGCUCCUUGGAUGUUUCAAGCGCGAUGUACGCCACAAUUAUGGUGGACAUACUCCUGUCCAGUAUUCCAACUGACAUCGUUGUGGAUUACCCUCGACACAAAAGCUACGGAACACCACUUGUAGUUUCCGCCGGCAGAGAGGAGGGGGCCAGCACGUCUGGCGAUGGAGCAGUCAACGUCGCUGCAUCGACAACGUAUGCCGGUGAGGAGCUGGCGAAUUUUUUGCGGUUUCUUCGCGUGGAAAUUGAGAGCAGAGAACGAUCAGCACCGCUCGAGAAAAGACCAGCAAGCGUGCCGAGGAUAGCUCCUAAACCGAUACAAACUGUUUAUCCACCAUCAACGUUCGCGUUACAAACGAGCGGGACAGACGACUACUGCUUUUCUUGCAACCAGCAGAGUCACAGUACCGGCGCCUGUACUGCUGACAUCGCACUUGAUGAAAAGAAAGGAAGAUUAGCGCAAGACAUGAGAUGUUUUCGCUGCACCAAACGAGGGCAUCGGUCCGAAGACUGCCGCAGCCAAGCGAGAUGUUCUGGAUGCAGGGGACGACAUGUCUCGUCAAUGUGCAAUCCUGUUUGGCAGACAACAAGACCAGUUCCGGAAGAGACCGCCAAUAUACUCACCACCAGUAAUACGACACCUCACCGAGCAUCGAGCGUUCUACUGCAAACUUUCAGGAGCUGGGCCGUGAGUGAUGAGAGCUGCGCAUAUAUCCGCGGUAUUAUCGACGCUGGAAGCCAGAAGACGUUCAUCAGAGAAGACUUGGCAAGGAAACUUAACUUGAAAAUUAUAGGCCAACGAAGCAUGAAGCUUAACACCUUUGCCAACAGCGGCUCGGACGUGAUAAAACAAAACUUCACACUGGUCAGACUACGACUUCGAGGCCAGUAUGCGAUGACGGAGUAUGUUUUAGAAGCCGCUGUCGUCCCAUUUAUCUGCCAAGAUCUCAUCGAAACACCCGUCGAACACUCGUUCCUUAAAUCAAUCACGGGGUCCAUCGCUGACGAGUUGAUGUUUCCCUCCGUUCAAGCAGAGGAAGGCAUAAGCCUGCUCAUCGGCGCUGACCAAAUGUGGAGAUUGUUGACUGGCGAAACACGCCGCUCAUCAUGCAUCCCCGGCCUGGUGGCCAUUUCAACUAGCCUAGGAUGGACCUUUCAGGGUCCAACAGGCACCGUGAGAGUCUUGUCGAAUACUACCGCGAACUUGAUGGUAUGCGUGUUAGGAGUGGCAUUGACCGCCGAAGACGACGGGGCAGCGUUAAGAAACUUCUGGGAGUUGGAGGCCAUUGGAAUCAUGGAUGAACCGACCAGUACGAAAGAGCAAGAUAGUACGGUACUCGAACAAUUCACAGAGAAAAUAAGUUGGAAGAAUGGCCGCUACGAAGUCGCUCUACCCUGGAAGGAGACAGCAACAACACUUGGAAAUAAUUACAUCACUGCCGGGUCUAGACUCCGCAGCCUGAUCCAACGUCUCAAGCACGAUGGCUCCAUCGCACUAUAUGACAAAGCGAUACGCAAUUACUUUGAGGACGGACACGCGGAAGAGGUGAACGAAAACCAACUGCAGAACCUAUUCAAUCAAAAGGACGGGAACGUCGAUAAUUCACCUCACAUCACGUCAAUCAAGUCCCACGAAGUCACAAAGGUACUGGGACUGGUGUGGGACAAAACCACAGAUUCCUUCAGGUUCUCUAGUGACCAUCUCUUGGAGAUUCUCUCGACAAACAUGACUACAAAACGCUUCGUCCUGAAAGCCUCUGCUAGGAUCUUCGAUCCCCUAGGGUUCCUCUCACCUUAUGUCAUACGAGUAAAGAUUUCGUUUCAACGUAUAUGGCAACAUGGUCUGGGAUGGGAUGAAGAACUACCAGAAGCACUACGGCAAGAGUGGACAACGUGGUGCGCCGAGUUAAAGGACUUGCCACGCAUCAUGGCUCCGAGACACUCACACAAUGCGGAUGGUGAGAGCAAGCUGGAGCUUCACGUUUUCACAGACGCCAGCCCUCAGGCUUAUGGUGCCUGUGCCUAUCUUCGCGCCGUGAACAGAAAAGAAAAUGUCAGCGUCACUCUGGUGUUUGCCAAGUCCAGAGUUGCCCCGCUUAAGACGCUGACCCUCCCACGACUAGAAGUGAUGGGAGCCCUCUUGGGGGCACGCAUGGCUAAAUAUCUGUGUACUGUUUUGUUUGGUGUCGUAGUUACGCUAUGGUACUGGACAGAUUCUAUGAUAACCCUCGGUUGGAUUAAAGGAUCAGCAACUGCAUGGAAACCUUUCGUCGGUAACCGAGUGACAGAAAUACAAGCACUAAGCGAUCCCUCUAAUUGGCACCACUGCCCGGGCAGCGCGAACCCAGCAGACGCCCUAACUAGAAGGAAGACGGUAAUGCAGCUAAGUGCGUAUCAGUUAUGGUGGUCUGGGCCUGAGUGGCUUUCCCGAGAAGAAGGAAACUGGCCAAUUGGCAGUACCUCAGAAGAUGAAAACCUCAACGGAAUUGAUAGGGAGAGACGACAGCAGGUCGGGGAAAUACUGCUGACCACUGUGAGUGCACCAACCGCACUCUUGACAUUGGAGAAUUUCAGCAGCUAUACCAACAUGCUGCGUGUCACAGCGUGGAUAAAACGAUUUGUUCAAGGUGGUCGUCGACAGAACAAGUCAGCUGAACUGCCCCUAACGGCAGAUGAUAUUAGAGAUGCAGAAGCUUUCUGGAUCAAGAAUGUUCAACGAGAAUGCUUCGGCAGAGAGAUCCAGGAGCUGGUUCAAGGCAAAUGUAUCUCAAAAGGAUCGAGAAUAACCGAUCUGCAGCCCUUUCUUGACGACACAGGAACCUUGCGUAUUCGAGGCAGACUUCACCAAGCCACAGCCUCGGAGGAGACCCUGCAACCUUGGAAAAAGUACGAGCAUGUAAAUGCUGAGUACGUGGACGAUGAGCAUGUCGACGAUGAGUAUCUCGACGCAGACAAAACCUUGCCACCAGUUGACGCAGCUGAACAUUCGCCACCGAUCGAUGCAGUCCAGAGCCUACAACAAGUGGGAGACUUCAACAAUGACAUUCCUCUCGACAACCUAGAGGAAGCAAAUGGCAAUGGACGAGCACCUUUCGACCAGAACAAGAAGAGCUGGGUGUAUUUAUAA